CUCUCUUUCCUCUUCUUUUCUUAAUACCCGUCUGAUUCACUGUCUUUUGUUCGUCGCUGCAUCAACAGCAACUUGAUACCAUGACAGCAAGACCAACCCCAACCCCAUUGAAUCGCCUCUCUACCAUGGCGGGUCGAAAAGACUUGUCAGAUUUACGUAUACCCACCAUUACAGAAGACGCCGAAGACGUUGUUGGUAUAUUUAGGUCGAAUUCGACUUCAAAAGGAUGAAAGAACUGUUAUCACUAGCCACUGGAUGGACAAACAGAGAAGCAAUCUGCAGGCAUACGAGUACUUAUGUCACAUCGGUGAAGCAAAGGAAUGGAUUGAAGAAUGUCUUGGUGAAGAAAUUGACCCCAUCGUGCAACUGGAAGAGUCGAUGAGAAACGGUAUUGUUCUAGCUCAGUUGGCGCACUGGUUUGCCCCCGGAACCGUCCGUCGAAUUUUUACAGAAAAGCGACUUCAAUUUCGUCAUUCCGAUAAUAUCAACUACUUCUUCAAAGCAAUCAAACUCGUACGAUUACCAAACAUUUUCUGGUUCGAGUUGACGGAUCUUUACGAACGAAAGAACAUACCCAAAGUUAUUUACUGUAUUCACGCACUGAGUCAUUUGCUUGCCAGAAGAAAUUUGGCGCCAAAUAUCAAAAAUCUCGUGGGACAGUUGGAGUUUACAAAUGAACAAAUUAGUGCCACCCAGAGAGGUUUGGAUCAAGCUGGCGUUUCUAUGCCAAACUUUGGCAACGUCCGCACGUCAUUGAAGCAUGAGUUGAAUGAGGUGGAUGAAGAGGAUGACAUUCAAUAUGAGCCUAUAUUUGUGUCCAAGUACUCCAGCGCCAUUGUGAGCCCUACCACUCCGGAUUUAAUUGAAGAAUCCGAUUCUGACGAUGAACAUGUCUUCGAGGAGGAGAUUACUGAGGAAGAAAAGAACGAAGUGUACUGGUCUGAGCCCAAAAACCUUGCAAAUUUGAUCCGAUGCCAGUCGAUCGUUCGCCGCUUCACUGUGCGAAAGGAGUUUAAUCAAAUUAGGGACUUGCACAAGUCAUCCCUGUUUGAAUCACAGAUUAAAAAUGUGCAGGCCCAGGCACGCGGUGUCCUGGCAAGAAGAGCGUUAGAAGACAAGCGUAUCAUGUAUGAAGAUGCCGAAGAAUGGAUAACUAACUUCCAAGCUGCCACACGCGGAUUCCUAACUCGCUGCAAAUACCAAGACAAGCUCGAUUAUUAUAAGGCCAACCUCGAUAAAAUUAUCAAAAUUCAGAGCUUUGUCAAGACCAAACUUGUAGGAGACGCAUACCGUAAAUUGACCACCGCUACCAAUCCAUCAGUUGGCACCGUCAAGAACUUUAUUCACUUGUUGGAUGACAGUGAGCUUGAUUUUGAUCAAGAACUGACCUUGGAACAAUUGCGACAAAGCGUCAUUCGCCGCAUCCGUGAUAACGGUCAACUGGAAGCUCAAGCUAACGAUUUGGACAUUCAGAUUGCCUUGUUGGUCCAAAACGCAAUCACACUGGACGAAGUGCUUGGUCUAUCGCGCAAGAUGAACAAGAAGGUGCAGAGGCGUAUGUCUGAGAUCGCCUCUGCAUCCAACAACAACCCUUAUAGCUUGCGCUCUUUGGAUAAGGAUAGCCGAAAGCGCUUGGAACUUUUCCAACAAAUGUUUUACCUGCUCCAGACCGAACCAAAGUACCUCUCUCGUCUCAUGUACAUUAUGAAUGGACAAGAGUCGGCUGAUCACUUGGGCAAGAAAUUGGUGGAAACCACUGUGCUUACAUUGUUUGGCUAUGCACAAAAUUCCAGAGAAGAGUAUUUGUUGCUCAAGUUGUUCAAGUUCUGUAUUUCUGAGGAAAUGAGCUAUAUGGAGGAUGCUCAAGAAUUCAUGAGAGGAAACUACAUCUUUAUGAAGUUGGUCGUUCAUUACAAUCGUGGUGCCAAGGAACGCAAGUUCUUCAGAGAUCUUCUUCAACCUCUUGUUAAUACCGUACUGGACGAUGACUUUAUGGAUCUUGAAACUGAUCCUGUCAACAUUUACCACAAAUCAGUUAACCUUGAGGAGUCUCGUACAGGUCGUCCAUCUGCACGAAAGCACACUGCAACUUCACAAGAGGCAUUGGCUGAUGCAGAAGUGCGCGACACUUUCAUCCAACAUUUGAAGCGUCUUCGCGAAGUCACUGAGCGCUUCUUGUCUGCCAUCAUCUCUACUUUGGAGGAAAUGCCAUAUGGUGUUCGUUUCAUUGCAAAGGAGCUUAAGCAGUCCCUUGAGGAGAAUUUCCCUGAAGAACCUAAGCAGAACAUUGUUAAGAUCAUUGGAAACUUCAUCUACUACCGUUACCUUAACCCAGCCAUCAUUGCACCAGAGCAAUAUGACGUUGUUGACACAGUGAUUACCCCUAUGCAACGUAAAAAUUUGGCUGAAGUCUCCAAGAUGCUUCAACAGAUUUCUAGCGGCAAGGUCUUUGACGCAAACGAUCUCUUCUUGGCUCCUUUGAACGACUAUGUCUUUGAGGCUGGUCAACGAUUCUCCCAAUGGUUCGUCUCGCUCACUGACGUUGAAGAUGCCGAGACUCACUUUGGCAUGGACAUGUUUGCUGAUUAUGGAAACACACACAAACCCAUCGUCUAUAUCUCCCCCUACGAAGUCUUCCACAUGCACUACAUUGUUCACAACAACAUCAGUGGUUUGGAACCAGAGAACAAGGGUCCAUUGCGCGACAUUCUUGAAGAGCUUGGCGAUCCGUUGUACUCACCAAACCUUGACAUGCCAGAAUCUGCUCAUACCGAAAUGAGUUUGACCCUGACCAACCGAUACGAUAAGAUACCUCAUGAUCCGAACGCUCGACUUAAGCAAUUGCUGGUUGACACCAAGCGAUUCCUUCUUUACGUUAUUAAGAUUCAAAAUGGCAAUGACCUCAAGGCUAUCUUCACUCAACCUAUUACUGCUGAGCAUGAACAUAUGUGGGCUGAACUCAAGCACAUUGAAUUCUUGGAUCGCGAGGAAAGCCAAGAUGUGCUUUUGAAACGCAGACAUGUUCUUUUAGGGACAGUGGAUGACCCUCCAACUGACUUGAUGAGCCUCAACUUCCACCAGUUGAAGACCAUCACAGUUAAGCUUGUCUUGAACCUUGAGAGAUGUGGAGUUAUUUCUUCCGGAAACAACUACCAAGAUUUGAUCAAGAUGAUUGCCAAGGAUAUCACCAACAAGAAUACUCGUCGUAAGAUUCGACAGGGUGAAAUCCAAAGAUUGCAACAGACGUUGACUCACUUGCAAGAAAAGACUGCCUACCUGGAAGAACAAAAGGGCAAUUUUGAAAAGUACAUUGAUAACUGCAUGCAGAAUCAAAUGAACAAGCGUGGCAAGAAGAACAAGUUUGUCAUGCCUUUCACUAGACAAUACUUCCAUAUUCGCCAGCUACAGAAGGAUGGUCGAGUGCCCAAAUUCGGUUCUUACAAGUACACUGCCAAGCAAUUAUAUGAUCGUCGCAUUUUGCUGGAACUGACUGACAUCAGUCCCAAGCAAUAUGAUCGUAUACCGCUAGUGAUCUCUAUGAACGAAGUUGGUAUCAUUGAAAUCAAAGGAAGUUAUGCCGGAUGGGGCAUCGCCAGCAUGGCUGUUGAAUUACGGUUUGAAGAACUUUUGCAAACGCAGUUCAAUGGUAUUCAAACCAUGACCGUCUUGGACGGCAUGGCAAAGAUCAAUGUGAACUUGUUGAUCUGGCUCAUCAAUCGCAAAUUCUACGUCUAGGAUACCUAUACCACUUCCUUUAUUCCCCACACACCAUUUGUUCAUAUCCCUUCCAUUCUUGUAUGUAGCAGUUAAUAGUCUCCUCCCCUCCACUCAAACAAAAUUUCAACAUCUAUACCGUCUCCACCAAACCCCCUUUGUAUAGU